AUGGCACCGCUCAGUCUAUACGCAUCGUUUUACUCCUCUCUGUUCAAGUCACUGGGCGCCCUUGUAUUCGCCAAGCUCUACACACCUCAACCAGUCUCAAAGCGCGACUUGAGCGGCCAAAUUGCAAUCGUGACGGGUGGAAACAGCGGUAUCGGAUUCAGUAUCGCGAAGCAGCUUGCAAGACAAGGAGCAACGGUCUAUUUGGCAUGUCGCAGUCUCGAACGAGGAGACCGAGCAAUCAAUGAGAUCACCACCACCAUCGGCGAAAGCUGUACCGGAAGACUCCAUUGCUGGAAACUCGACACCAGCGACAUGUCUUCUGUGCGCGCAUUCUGCGACCGGUGGGCAAGAGAAGGAUCCAAAAUCGACAUUCUCGUCCACAACGCCGGCAUCGCCUCCCCACCAAAAAACAUAUCCAACACAACCCCCGACGGCAAGGACCUCGUCAUCGUCACCAACUUCCUCGGCUCAUUUCUCAUGACAAAGCUCCUCGAACCGCAUCUCUCCCCCACCGCACGCAUCGUGAUGACGUCCAGCACCGGCCACCUCGCCUCCGACCUGAUUCUGCAGCCCCCGCAACCCCCAUCCGCAGGCCUUGUAUCCACCAUCAAAGCCUUCAUCUCCGAGAAAUUCAACCUAGUAAAGUCGUCUGGCCCGUCCUACGUCCACUCCAAGGCCCAGCAAGUCCUCUUCGCACUCCUGCUACAACGCCACUUUGCCGCCACCGGCUCCCAGCGCUCAGCUCACGCAUUCACGCCUGGCUUCACCUCGAGUCCGAUUUUCAGCAAAUUUGACGUUGACUGGCGUGUGUGGUUGUCGAAUCCUGGGUUUGCGGUGCUCAAGGCGACGGAGAAGUAUAUCGGUGUCGAGACGGAUGAGGGGGGGAAGACGGGGGCGUGGCUUGCGGCAGAGGGGAGUGAAAGGGAGGGCGGGGGUUAUUGGGAGUGGUGUACGAGACAGACGAGUUUGGUGGACUUUUUGAGGGGAAAAUUGGGCGAGGAGGUUUUUGCGAAGAGGGCGAGGGAGGAGUGGAGCGGGUGGGAGGAGGAUGUUGGGGUGGAGUGGAAGGUGGAGAUCUGAGGCUGAUGAUUUUGCUUUCCAAUGCCGAUGGCAGGGAAAGCAGCGUAUGCGAUUGUGGUUUCUGAAUGGUCUCGUUUGUCUCCCCGACGAUUAAUGCUAUGCUCAAUAACAACGUGGAGGUAGACAGGCUAGUACAAACG